CCGUAAGAAACAUUCUCUGUGUCAAAAUGAAAUGUUGCUAGAGCCCGGGAAAACUAGUUAUAUCAGAAUAGUUUUACUGCUCUGUUCAUAUGUUUUGGGAGUUAAAAGCUGUGUUUUGUUUGGAAAUGCAAUCUCAGAAAAUAGGCCCCAAGAGAAGGGAGCUGCUGAGAUCAAAUGGCUCGAAUACGUUUCACUUAUUAUGCAAAAAAUAUUCAUUUUAUGCAGAGAGCCCCUGGCUCUAAUAGGGGACACAUUAGAAAUGUGGCUCAAUCUUCUAUCAGCCAACGGCGGUUCUUUUUCUAUGCUGAUUCUCACCAUUUUGAGAGGAAAGUUGGUGUGGCCGGACCGAUCAUCCGCGACAUUCACAUCUAUAGUUGGAAAUCUAGACAAUCGCGUAGAGCUGCAGAAGAACAUCAAACAUGGAAAAGAAACUUAUAGUACUUCUUAUUUGGCUUUCAUGGCUACAAAGUUGUCUUAUGAGAAUGAAGCCUUCAUUAGAAACGUGGUCAAAAAUUCCUGGAAAAUGGAUUUCUUGGGGUUCUUCAAUUUUUACAAUGAGUAUCUCGACGAACCCUCAACGCCAUGCUUCAUGUUACGCGAAUCAGCCUCAGAUCCUAACUUAGUGGUCGUCUCAUUCAGAGGCACAAAUCCAUUCGACGCGAAUAGCUGGCGCACAAAUUUCGACAUUUCAUGGUACGAGCUCGAAGGGAUCGGUAAGAUCCACCGUGGCUUCAUGAAAGCCCUCGGCCUAACAAAACACGGCUGGUCCGAACAAAUAGAACGAGGCAUAGAUAAAAGAUAUGCAUACCAUUCUAUAAGAUAUUCGUUGAGAGAAGCAUUACACAAAAACCACGAUGCUAAGUUUAUACUUACGGGGCAUGGAUUAGGUGGCGCAUUGGCGUUACUGUUUGUGUUUGUUUUAGUGUUUCAUGAUGAGGACUGGUUACUGAUGAAAUUAGAAGGAGUUUACACAUUUGGACAGCCGAGGGUUGGUGAUAAACAAUUUGGGGAGUUUAUGAAAAAUAAGAUGAAUAAGUAUAAUGUCAAAUAUUUGAGGUAUGUUUACUGUAAUGACAUGUUUCCUAUGUUGCCUUAUGAUGAUGCUAAUCACUACUUCAAGCAUUUUGGCCCAUGCCUCCAUUUCAAUUGUUACUAUGAGGGAGAGAUUAUGGAGGCAGAGCCAAAUCACAACUACUUCUCUUUGUCAUGGGCUGUUCCGAAGUACUUGAUUGCAUUAUGGGAGGUAAUUAGAAGUUUUAUAAUGCCAUAUAUGAAGGGUGCAGAGUAUAAAGAAUGUCUGUUAAUGAAGUUAUUUAGGGUAAUCGGAUUAGUAAUUCCAGGAUUAUCAGCUCAUAGUCUUCAGGAUUAUAAUAAUUCUAUGAGAUCAGGAUCCUUUCCCUUAUCUAUACAGCUUCAAGACAAGGUUAAACAGUCUGCUAGGGCAGUGGAUUAAUUAAUUGCAGCUGUAAUUAUUAUAUGUCAACCUUUACAAUAUAAAAUUCCUUGUAAACAAAAAUUAUCGUUGUGUUUAA